AUGACGUUCGAAAUGCGUUCAUCCAAAAAUGAAGCGGUUUCAGUUGGGACACCAGUAGGAGUUAUUGCUGGAGGUGUCAGUGGUGGGGUUGUUGUUAUUAUUGGCGCCGUUGUUGCCAUCUUCCUACUUCGUCGAAGAUCACAUCGUCUGCCUGCCUCAAACAAAGUUAAAAGAAAUGCACCAACUAACGAACGUACAUACUACAACGAGGGACAUAUUAAAAGAGCUUCUACACAAUCUAAUUCAAGUAGCAACCAGCCGCCAGCGAACAAAUCUAUUCCCAUCAAGCAGCGGGCAAUUGCGCAUGUGAAAACUGCAUGUGAAAGCGGGAUUGAUCUUGAGAUGGAUGAUGAAAGCGAUAGAGUUCUUGCGAAUUCAUCCAAGAGAGAUCAGACGUAUUACAAAGAAGCUGAAUUGUCAACAAAUAAGUCAAUGAUACCGGUCGGUCAGCUCGUCAAGUAUGUGGAUGAAAAAACUAAUGAAGCGUAUAGUGAAGAAUUUGAGACAUUUUCUCAUGGUCUUGUAAAGCCAUAUGUGGAAUCGCAGAAGAGGGAGAACGUGACCAAAAAUAGAUACAAAGGAAUUUAUCCAUAUGAUGACUCGAGAGUAAAGGUCACAGUCAAUGGUGGUUCAGACUACAUAAACGCCAGCUAUAUUGACGGGUAUAAAAAGCCGAAGCGGUAUAUCGCGACAUUAGGUCCAAUGUCCCAACAAAUAGGUGAUUUCAGCCUGUUCUGGAAAAUGAUUUGGCAACAAAGGAUCGAGAAGAUUGUCAUGCUUACCAACCUCAUUGAACAGGGAUCUCCUAAGUGCGAGCAGUACUGGCCAGACCCUGGGACAACUAAGACGUAUGGCAAUAUAAAGGUUGAGAGCUGCUCGGAGGAUGAGUAUGCCGAGUUUACAAGAAGGGCUUUCACAGUGACAAUGGAGUCGGAGGAAAGGAUGUUACACCAUCUCCAUUUCACGUGUUGGCCUGACAAAGCGAUACCCGAUGAUGUAACUGCGAUGAUAGAGUUCAGGCAGCGUGUUCUGAGUACGCCGAGUACAUUGAAUGGACCAACGGUUGUGCGUUGCAGCGCUGGUGUCGGAAGAACUGGCACUUACAUUGCUCUGGACAUACUGACGAACGAAGGUGAAGCUAAGAAAGCCAUUGACAUCCCCGGAUGUGUCAACAAAAUGCGUCAGAAUAGGCCGAAUAUGGUUCAGACAGUGGGGCAGUAUCAGUUUCUGCACAUCGCCGCGGUUUAUUCGCUAACUUUCGACAGCAAACAAAUCAAGGGAGAAAACUUCAAGGAGUAUAUGAACAAACAGACAGCACCCGGACUAAAUAGUCAGUUUAAGCAACUGCAGCAUACGGUCGAGACACGAUCUAAAGAUGAAACAGAAGCGGUUGAACGAAAUAAACAGCACCUGAGCAAAAAUAGAUCAAACGCUGAUAUCCCGGGUAAUGAAAACAGACCAAGACUUUUCCUGAAUCUAAAACCUGGAGCGUCAGACUACAUCAAUGCUGUGUAUAUUCACAGCUUCAGAAUGACGAAACGCUACCUGGUAGCACAAACUCCACUUCCAGAGACGGUUAUCGACUUUUUGACUAUAGCUGUCCAAGAGAGAUGUUCAUGUAUCGUCAGCUUCGAAGCUGACAUGGACAAACAAAGGAAUAUUGGAAUAUACUACCCUGCGGCAAACCAAGAAGUUUUGAAGAAGGGAACGUUUCAAGUCAGCAGCUCAAGGGAGGAAAAUAAAACAUUCUACACAGAACGAACAUUGACAAUACAGCACAAAGGGACGAGCACUUAUCGAACUAUUCCACAUCUUCAAUUUACUGACUGGGAUGAAAUGGAGAACAUACCACGGUCAACCACAAACUUCCUGUCAUUUCUGAACGUGAUAGAAAAUGUCAUGAAACAGCAAGAUGAUGGACCGAUAUUGGUCCAUUGUUUUGACGGCGCGGGCAAGAGCGGUCUGUUCUGUGUGGUUUCGUUGCUUCUCCACAAAAUGGCGGUGGAACACGAAGUCAGUGUACUUAAUGCUGUAAGGAAGGUCAAAACCACGAGGAGGCUAGCGAUCCCCAACCAGGAACAAUUUGUAUUCUGUCAUGGAUGCGUUACGGAGUAUCUUCGUUCGUUCGACGUGUACGCCAACUUUACCGACGAAACGGGGCAACUUUAAUGUGUUGUCCAGUUGACUACCGAGUGUAAUACUAAAUACAUUUUACAAUACAUACACUGUAUAUAGUACAAUAUAUGUAUCUUCGGUGCAGUGAGAAUACAUUAAUACAAUUUGAUGGAACUAUUUGAAAGAUGACAGAUGUAAAUGAAACAUUAUUUAAUCAAUGAUUGUACAUACAUUAUUGGCUUUGUAGUGGUAAUAUUAUUUUUAACAACUAAAACAUAUUGCGAAAUCCGUUUCAUUAGUUUUUUAUGUGGUUAUAAUAAUAUUAUUAUGUGUUAAACCGAGGGGUACCAUUUGCCUUCCUUCUAAGCGCCUGGCAUAUGGGAUAUGAAUUGGGAUACAGAUGUUUAUGAAUGUACGUGUCUCAUAAGCCCAUCGGGGUGGUCCUUAACUUAGAGGGGCAAAACUAUAAUUAACAAACACACUUUACUAUUUUUAUCAGUAGCAUUCAUGUUGUCAUCUUAAGAUAGACAUAUCUUCAUCUCACUUAUUACUGGUUUAGUGCUCUAUAUACGUGCAGAUUGCUCCUGGCAACAAUGCUUUGUAUAACAAUCAAGAUUUUAUGAAAAUUUUGCAGAUUCAUGUUAUCUUUAAACCGAAUUUGGCUGGUUCGGAAUGUUUUGGCAUGUGACGUCGUUUUCUUCAAAUAUUUUUCAUAGGUAAUCAUAUGAAAGAAAAAAUGUGCUUAUAUAUGUCGCUUUUAUUUUUAAUAAUGUUUUCUUUGUUUGUUCCCAUUUUUAGUACAAUGAUGCUUUUUAUUAUGAAAGUCUAUGAUCGCACCGUUUUAAAUCUUUUAUUUUAGAAGGCAGACUGUGUGUGAUGCUCAUAGUUUCAAACAAUGACUGCAUCGUAUCUUUGAAAAGUUUUGGCAUUAGGUGCUCUGAAUUGUAUUCCUCCGUCUGCAGAUAGAGUUGGGAUCUCUUAUCAUUGAAGUACUUGAGGUUUAUUGGUUUAUUAUUAUUUGUUUUAGUAUAAAGUUUCCUCAAGUUAAUGCAUACUUUGAUAAGUUUUACCUUUUACGUUUCUUCUUUAUUCAGGAUUGUUGGGAUAAGAGUGAGGUUUGUGCACGUAAACUAGUUUAAACCCCCUGAACAUUUACAUUUUACUGACCGUUCCAAGGCGGUACCUAACAAUCCUUGAUAAACAUACCUAGUUUUUUAAUAUAGUAAAAUGCACUGUGCUGUUUGUGGAGUUUUGUGCUGUUGUUCCAUGUUUGUGAUUUUUGUUUGUUUUUGAGUUCUAUGUCUUUGGCGUUUACCCAGUGCCAUUAAACGGGGUUUAUGUUUAUACUUUUGGCUAUUGAGCUUGUUUCUGUAGUUUUUCACAUAAGUAUUGUAUGAAGUGCUACUAUUUUAUACUGUUUUUUUUAAUGUUUUUUACCCAUUUUACUUACACGGAAAAAAUACAUGUAUGUAUUUUACAUAUUUUGUAUCAUAUUUUAACUAGCAUCUACAUAGCUUUGGUACUUGAUAUCAUCCUUAAAAGUUGUUUAAGAUCAUUAUUGAUAAUAAUUAUUUUAUAACUUUUGUAUAAAGACUUUCACACCGAUCUGCAAUACCAAAGGCUUGAGUAAAUUUAUGAUCUUUUUCAAACAUAUUUUUUCUACUGAUUGUUAUUCUUAUCUGUACAUAAUAGGGCGUUAACAGUAGCUAGAAGAGACAUUUUUGAAAUUCUAAAAUAAACUUACUAUUAUAUAAUUUGCACCAUUAGCCCAGGACAUUCAAAACACAUCAAAUUGUAAUGAAAACAUCUAUAAACACAUGGUUUUUCAAGCAAAAAAAGAAUCAAAUCUUGUAUGCACGUCAACAGUUAUUGAGAUUUUCUUUGUUCAAUUACGUUAUUAAUAUCAUUAGACUGGUCAGCAUUACCUUUAAUUUGUAAGGAAAAUGUGACUUUAGACACAUAUUUUAAACAUUGUGAGGACGUUACAAACUAUACCUGGCUUUUACCCUUUUUAUUGUUUUUCAUUGCACAGAAAUAGUUAUUCUGUUGGUAUGUUUUGUAGUGCCUAUCAAGUCUGGAUAUAUCUAUAGGAGACUAUGUUGACAAUACUCAUGUUUUGAAUACAAUGUGAACAUAUGCUUUAUGAUUUUCCGAGCAUGAUGUUUCAGAUAGUUAUUCACAAAUUGGUUGUAUUAAAUGUCUUUUUUUCUUUAUUUUUUAACUAUUACAGCUAAUUAACUGUUCUUCUUUUAUUUAUUUUUUAUUCUUAGUGCUCGUUUCAAGUUUCAGACAAUGUAUCAAUAUGUAUAAGUUUAUAUUUGCGUAUAUUAACUAUAUAUUAACUAUAAUUUAAGUUCUUUUUCUUGUGUGUGUAAUGUUUGGUCAACAUA